GUUUUAAUCUUUGCAUGCGUGUUCUAUAUUAUAAACUUCAGAUUCAUGCCAUCCCCUUACGGUCAUCAUGGGUGAUGACCUGUGCGUAUGCGCCAUCUGGAAACUUUGUGGCCUGUGGUGGACUGGACAACAUUUGCUCCAUAUACAGCUUAAAGACUAGAGAGGGCAAUGUUAGAGUCAGCCGAGAGCUGCCUGGACACACAGGUUACCUUUCCUGUUGCCGCUUCAUAGAUGACAAUCAAAUUAUCACCAGUUCAGGAGACACAACCUGCGCUCUGUGGGACGUGGAGACCGGUCAGCAGACCACGCUGUUCUCAGGUCACAGUGGAGAUGUGAUGAGUCUGUCAUUGGCUCCAGACUCACGGACCUUCAUCUCUGGGGCCUGUGAUGCCUCAAUUAAGCUCUGGGACAUCAGAGACAGCAUGUGCAGACAGACAUUCUCCGGGCACGAGUCAGACAUCAACGCUGUCUGUUUCUUCCCCAGCGGCAGUGCGUUUGCGACUGGUUCUGAUGACGCCACCUGCAGGCUGUUUGACCUG